CAGUAUGCAUACUUCAAACCAUAUCUGUCAGUGUUUGUGUUGAGUGUUAUUUCUGUUAUAUGGGCUGAAAUGGUGUGUGUGUUAAUGCAUGUUUGAGGGCAUGCGAGUCAGAGUGGGCUGGGUUAUCAGAUCAGAGAGACAGAAGGCAGUUUGCGGUGGACAGGAGAAUUUCACAUUCUUCAUCUCAACUUUGCCCGUCGCAGUCAUCUGCACAUUGCUGCGUGUCACUGGCACACACGUUCUCUUCUUUCUUUCCUUGCUUUUGCUCUGAUUCAGCUUGACUGUCAUUCUUCUUGUUUAAACACUUAAUUUAUUUUACCAUCUUCUUUAAUUCUUUCUGUUGCUUUAUCUAAUGCAAUUUGGUGGUACCAGAUGGAGUCAAAGCAUCAUGGACCUCGACCUCUAAGACCCACAAGUCCAGCUAUGCCUUUCAUAGGUUGGCCCAACACAAAUGGAUGUGGAGGCCCAGGUCGGAUGUUGCUACGUGAGAUGCUUUGGCAGCUGGAGCAAAGGGUACUUCAGGUUCAAGAGGAGGAGUUCCAGUACUGCAUUUCCCAUGGCACUAUGGGAUACCAUCACCCCCCAGCAUACCCAAGCCUGCUUGCCCUUAUACCUGCCUCUGACCACCGCCAGCUAGAGCGCCUCUGUGGCCGCAUCCCACCCUCACACACUACCAUUGUACUUUCCAGGCUCCAUGAUCUUUUGGCCCACAAUGACAUCCCUCCUUGGGAACUGGUGGGUGUCUUCAAGAAAGUUCUUAAAGACUUCCUGAGGAGACAGGAAGAUGGCAUGCAGAGACGUCCACCCACUUCAGCUCCAUCAGCAAUUCUUUCUGCUCCGAGUCCACCUACAGAGAGUGAUGACAGAAAUCGCAUUGUUGGAAAUGUAUCUAGUUCUUUAUCAGAGGAGUCAGGGAAGCACAGGGAGGAAAUUCCUACUAUUUCUAGUUAUGUGGAUAAACAUUUGCGUGCUGCCUGCCCCUAUUCCAUUCACAGAGAUUGGAAUCUGCCUUUUUGCCAUCCUUUUGCUUAUGAGGCCUACAGCACCACAUUGUGAUUUUAGAAGUUUAACGUUCUCAUGGCAAUUCAUAACGAUUUUAUGUUUUGGCAAAUUGAUGGCUUAUUUGUAUGAAUUUGUAGUCUCAUUUCUCAUUUGUGUUUUUGUAUGAUCUCCUUGCAUCAGGCUGAUUGUUAGGUUUAGGGGUGGACCUUAACUUAAAGCCUUUUAAAUUGACUAAAAAGCAUACAUUUGCAUACAAAUCACUUCUUACAAAUUCAUAUGAAAUCGCCACCUCUUAAAUAAUUGUUUCCUCAUGAGAAAAGUCUAUGCUGCCAUUUUCUGUGUCUUUCCUGCUUGCAAAUUCCCUAGGUCUCAGAUCUACACUUGCACUGGAAAAUCAAAUCCUGUUCUUAAGUUUAAGUAAAUUAGACUGAUCAAAAGUGAUUAACAGGAUGAUGUAUGUGAUGUAAAAAUUUGGAAGAUGAGCCAUAAUCUAUUUGUACUCAAUCAAUAAGGUGUGUGUGUGUGUGUGGGGGGGGGGGGGUAGUUACUUUUUCAAUGCAUAAAAUUUAAAUAACAUCAUAAUUCUUUUUAAAAAAAAGUAAAAAAAUAAAUAAAAAAACCUGGUGUUUUAUGGACAAAAUAAAAGCAUAUAGGUAUGACAUGAGGCUGAAUAAAUUAUUACAGAAUUUUCAUUCUGAUCAUUUAAUGUUCUUUGAACAAUUGCUUUAAUGUUGUCUAACUUUAUAACUGCCUUUGUAUUUGUGUGCAUUUGUUUCUAAUUACAUUUACACAUUUUCUUUGUGCUGUAGCUUUCCAGGGACUACAGUGAAUGAUCAAACUGACAGUAGCACUCGCAUAUUAGCACAUACACCCAGAACAAUCAACCCAGAUAUUCAAACAUAUUUUUCAGAGUUAUAUUUCUGAAUUACAGAGCAGAGAUUAGCCUGAGGGGAGAGGACUGCACCACUGCCUUUCCGCAUCACUAAUCCUGCUUGCUUGCAUAUACCCAUGAACUACCUACAGUAGCACUUUCACCUCUCCCAUGCUUUUUGCAAUCUUUUCUUGCCUUUUAUCAUAUAGUGACAGAUGUGUUCGUCAUGUAGCAUGGACUAGAGGUGGCAGACAAAGUACAGUUUUGGUAGUUGUUCAAAGUGAGGAAUGUUCAUAAGCAAUGCAAACAUGACAAUUACUUUUGACUGCUGUAUAAGUACUAGGUUAGACAAAAUUAAGUUCAAUCACAGAGUGGACAAUGUGUUUAUUACUACAAUAGUCAAUAGCCUGCAGAUGCUAAAACAAAUAUAGUAUAUUGUAUAAGUAUUGUCUUAUCACAUUUUCUGCAUAUUCUAUUGUUGUUGUCUCUUCUAUAGAAAGAAAAAGAAAAGAUACUGAUACGUUUCUGUAACAUGCUUCAUUUUAUUUAUUUGCUUCUGUGGACGCUGUUUUAUUGUUAUCCUCAUGUCCAUUGUCACUGAAAUGCCUGCACAAUUAAAUGUAAACAAAACUUAA